AUGAGAUCGCAAAGCUCUCAGUGGCAAAGUCAAGCUGGAGUUAGAGCCACCUGCCGUACAUGCAAAGGCUGCCGCCAGAGAAAGGUAAAAUGUGAUGGUCAGCAUCCAAAGUGCGCCGCGUGUCGUACGAAGAACCAAAACUGCGAACAUCCAAGGGAUGGAAGAAGAAAUGUUGUGAGAGCUAAAAAGGAGGACAUAAGAUCGCUUCAGAAGCAGGUUGAAGAGCUGAAAACUCAGAUUCGCGGACAGACAACCGCAGAAGAUGUUUCGCGCACGGAUGACAUCCAUCGUCGUGACACCACAAAUCACAUAGAGUUCGGGCCUAGGUGUCCUAGGGACUGCACACCGGCAUUGGGCUGUCUAAAUGAAAGGGGUGAAAACUUAUGGCCUUCCUCAACGAGUCCUACAGAAUCGGAUCAAAGCUUACAGGGCCCACUUACUGGCCGAAAAGAGACAUGUGCUGAUCCAAGCUCUUCAGAGGGCCAUCAAAUACAGGUCUAUGGUGCUACGAGUCUACUACCAAGUUACCUGGAAGCUCCUUCGGCCAACUGCCAAUCCAAAGAAAAUGACGAAGACGCAUUUUCGAGAAACAUCACCCAGGAUCGACUCAUUGCUAUUUUAAGCAACAUCGAUUUUGAUGGCAUUCCCAAUCGGCUGCACUUUAUGUAUCUUUUGACAUACCGCUCGGUGAUCAUGGACAGCCUCUUCAAUAGUGGGCCUUACAUGAACAAGCUGCUUUUGAACGCUAUUUAUUUACAAAGUAGUCUAUACACGUACUAUGACCGAUUCAAAUCCCUACUCAUCCACUAUGUUGACAAACCCACUCUGCCCACCGUCGUCGCGCUGCUGACUUGUGGUGCUUGCCUACUACAAUACGGCAAACAAAGCGCUAGUUGGGUGUAUUGCGGUAUGGCAUAUAGGAUGAUCACUGACCUCGGGUAUCAUUUGGAGGAUCAAAGGUCUUCCCAGAGUGGCGAAGAUGCCAGGCUCUCAGCUUUAGAUAAGGAGGUCAGAAGGAGGGUCUACUGGGGAGCAUAUGCUACUGACAAGUUCCAAUCUCUUUACCUGGGCCGACCUCCAGGGCUUCAGCAAUCUCAUAGCAAUGUGGCUCAUGAUUUCUUGGACUCUUACGAAGAAUUAGAGGAGUGGAAACCGUACAUCGAUCCCCGAACUCGAGUUGUUAGUGACAUCAGCGUCCCAGUUUACCCAGGUCGACCUUCAUAUGCUCUGAGCACGUUUCAGUGCUUACUCCAGCUCUCCAUUAUUUCGGAGACAAUCAUAAACGCGUUCUAUUCGACUAAUGAUGCUAAGGCAUCAGAGCAAAUUCUAGUGAAAAGCAGAGAAAGGGUCAAAGCACAACUGGACCAUUGGAGAGAGACCCUUCCAAGGCAUCUACUGUUUAACCCAAACACGGAUGAGACACCUCCACCGCACCAGAUGACACUGUACACAACAUACUGGACCUUGGUCAUUCUGACUGAGCAACCAUUUCUUCGACGUGGUCAUUUCGAGUUCACUCCAAUCCCAGAAUUGCAAUAUCAAUCAAAAAAGAGAUGUAUCGAAGCUUCUCUUGAAAUUCGAGACCUCAUUGCAGAGUAUAAAAAGGCAUUUUCCCUUAGACGCGCCCAGUACGGUAUUUCAUACGCGAUGUAUGGCGCAGUUCUUGUUCUGCUCCAGCACACUGACCAAGAUUGUGAGGAAUAUAGUGAGGCAAUCAGGUUCUUUUGGCUUGCGUUGCUCAAAUCACGCAUGUGUCGAAUUGAGAAGCUAGUACAGCGCAUUGAUCUCGAUCACCCAGGUGCUACGGGAGGACUGGCUUCCAAUGUCCAGCUUGGAACUGAGCCUAUUCCAGCAACAGAGGCUUUCGGGCAAGGGGAAUCUUGGAACGAACCCUGCCUCAACGUAGAGACUGACGAUUUGUUCUUUGCUGAUGACACUAUAUUUGGCUUCUUCGCCCAGGAAUAA